GUCUAUACAGGUCCAGGUCUACAGAGUCUGACAGGUCCAGGUCUGAUGAUGAAGAUGAUGAAGAUGAUGGUGGUCCUCGUCCUCUCUGGUGUCCUCUGUGUCUCAGCUGACGUUCUACAUAAGGACAUUGGUUUCGUUGCCUGUUCAGAGUCUGAUGGAGAGUUUAUGUACGGACUGGAUGGUGAAGAGCUUUGGUACGCAGACUUCAAGAACAAGAAAGCAGUCGAGCCUCAGCCCAGUUUUGUAGAUCAUAUUAGCUACCCAGAAGGAGGUUAUGAAUCAGCUGUGGCUAAUCUACAGAUCUGCAAACAGAACCUGGCAACAUUUCGCAGUGCUCUGAAGAACCCUUCAGUAAAACUCGCUGCUCCUUCCAGUCCGGUGGUCUACAGCAGAGACGAGGUGGAGCUGGGAGAGGAGAACACCCUGAUCUGUCAUGUGACUGGUUUCUAUCCUGCUCCUGUCGACUUCUCCUGGACAAAGAACGGACAGAACGUCACCGAAGGAACCAGCGUCAACGUUCCCUACCCCAACAAAGACGCUACCUUCAACCAGUUCUCCAGCCUGGUCUUCACCCCAAAGCUGGGAGACGUGUACAGAUGUUCAGUGACACAUCUGGCCCUGGACCAACCACAGAGCAGAUUCUGGGAUGUGGAGAAGACUCCGCCCAGUAUUGGACCAGCAGUGUUCUGUGGACUCGGUCUGACUGUUGGUCUGCUCGGUGUGGCUGCUGGAACCUUCUUCCUCAUCAAAGGGAACGAGUGCAGCUGAUUGGUCGGGGCUGAUGAUGUCACUCAGAUGAAUAUUAUCUCUGCUGUCUGUUGAUGAUUUUAAUGUUUUUA